UUUCACUGGCAGUCUUUUGUUGUGUUCGGUGACAACAAUACGAUAAUGCAGUCCACGUUGAGAUUGUCUCGAUGUACGAGACUUGUGUCGAUGCAGAAGAGCUCGAAGAAGUUCUCAAGAAGUUUGGUGAUGAGUCAUCAGAGGUGUAUGAAGUAUGAAGAGUUAUUGCCGGAGAGGGAGGAGUUUCAAUCUAGGCACAUUGGCCCCAGGGAUUGUGAUCAGAAGGAAAUGUUGAGAACUAUUGGAUUUGAGUCACUCGAGGACCUGACGAAAACUGCAGUUCCUGCGAGGAUCAGGCGAGACAAGGACUUGGACAUCGAAAAUCCCAUGACUGAGUACGCUUUGAUGAAGAAAAUUACUCAGAUGUCCCAGAAAAAUGAAGUCUGGAGAACGUACAUUGGUAUGGGGUAUUACAACUGCUGUGUCCCACACACUAUAAUGAGGAAUAUAUUCGAAAAUCCUGGAUGGACAACCCAGUACACCCCAUACCAGCCAGAAAUCGCCCAGGGUCGCCUUGAGAGUCUCCUUAAUUACCAAACCAUGAUCUGUGACAUGACUGGCAUGGAAGUUGCUAAUGCCUCGCUGCUGGACGAGGGUACAGCCGCAGCGGAGGCUCUAGCUCUAGCUCAUCGUCACAACAAGCGCAAGAAGCUCUUCGUAUCUGAUAAAGUCCAUCCCCAAACGAUAAGUGUAAUUGCAACCAGAAUUGGCUCGCUGGGAUUGGGCCUCGAAGUUGGUGAUGUUUUUAACGUGGACACGAGUUCUAAGGAAGUGGCUGGGAUACUGCUGCAGUAUCCGGACACCACUGGAGCUAUUCACAAUUAUGAGGAGGUCGUGAAGAAAGCACAUGCUGAUGGGACAUUAGUGUGCGCAGCAGCGGACCUACUCUCCCUAGCCAUUCUCCAGCCCCCUGGUGAAUUCGGAGUGGACAUUUGCAUCGGAACGAGCCAGCGAUUUGGUGUGCCUCUCGGUUACGGUGGACCCCACGCAGGUUUCUUCGCGUGUCGCAAGAAGUUCGUCAGAUUGAUGCCAGGCAGAAUGAUCGGUGUCACCAGAGACGCAGAUGGAAAGGAAGCGUACAGACUGGCCCUCCAAACGCGAGAGCAACACAUCAGAAGGGACAAGGCCACCAGCAACAUCUGCACAGCCCAAGCAUUACUGGCGAACAUGUCGGCGAUGUACGCUGUGUACCACGGACCUCAGGGCAUCAGAGACAGCUCCACGAGAGUUCAUCACUUGACGGGAGUUCUAGCGAAGGGUCUCGAGCUCUCUGGGAAUAAAAUAAAUAACGAAUACUUCUUCGACACGAUUACAGUGACUCCGAAGGAACCUCUGGAGGUGAUCAAAAAGAAUUGCGAAGAUAUGAAGAUCAAUCUGAGGUACAAUGACGAUGGCACCGUGGGCAUCUCCCUGGAUGAAACUAGCUUACCGGAGGACAUCAAUGAUCUGUUCAGAGUGUUUAACAGCAAUCAAACAGUUCGGGGGAUCGUCGAUACCCAGACGCUAGAUAAAGAUUUACUGAAGUCCUCAUUUCAACGUAAGACUGCGUAUUUACAGCAUCCAGUAUUCAAUAUGCAUCAUUCGGAGACUAGAAUCGUGCGGUAUAUGAAAGCUCUGGAGAAUAAGGAUGUGUCCUUGGUGCACAGCAUGAUACCAUUGGGUUCCUGCACAAUGAAGCUGAACUCCACCACCGAGAUGAUGCCCUGCAGCCUGCAAGGCUUCACCGACAUGCACCCUUUUGCCCCAGUGGAGCAAGCACUUGGCUACAAGGACCUGUUCACGCAACUUGAGCAAGACCUCUGCGCCAUAACCGGUUACGACGGCAUAAGCUUCCAGCCGAACAGUGGAGCCCAAGGGGAAUACGCAGGGCUCCGUGCAAUCCAGUGUUACCACGAGUCCCGCAACGACAGCAACAGAAAGGUCUGCCUGAUUCCCAUAUCAGCCCACGGAACGAAUCCUGCUUCAGCCCAGAUGGCAGGCAUGCAAGUGGAGCCUAUUUUCGUCCGGAAAGAUGGGUCUGUGGACACUGCGCACCUCAAGGAGAUGAUUGACAGGUAUCGAAAGGACCUGUCGUGCCUCAUGAUAACGUAUCCGUCGACUAAUGGUGUCUUCGAGGAGACCAUUGGCGAUGUCUGUGAGAUGGUGCAUGAGGCUGGGGGCCAGGUCUACCUGGAUGGAGCUAAUAUGAACGCUCAGGUGGGCCUCUGCAGGCCUGGGGAUUACGGCAGCGACGUUUCCCAUCUGAAUCUCCACAAGACGUUCUGCAUUCCCCACGGGGGAGGGGGUCCUGGAAUGGGCCCGAUCGGAGUGAAGCGACACCUCAUGCCUUUCCUUCCCGGACAUCCUGUCAUUGAUUCAACCAAGGGGGGACACCUGCCUGCUGAUCUUGGGACAGUAUCGGCAGCCCCUUUCGGCUCGUCUGCCAUCCUCCCCAUCUCUUGGGCGUACAUCAAGAUGAUGGGGGCCAAGGGACUCCGCAAAGCCACACAAGUUGCCAUUCUCAAUGCCAAUUACAUGAGCAAACGACUGGAGAAACAUUACAAAACGCUUUAUAAGGGGGAGACUGGACUGGUUGCUCAUGAAUUCAUUCUUGAUAUCAGGGACUUCAAGAAGACUGCUAAUAUCGAAGCUGUUGAUGUGGCGAAACGGCUGAUGGAUUACGGGUUUCAUGCACCCACUAUGAGCUGGCCGGUGGCUGGGACACUCAUGGUGGAGCCCACUGAGUCGGAGGAUAAAAUCGAAUUGGACAGAUUUUGUGACGCGCUGAUAUCUAUCAGGCGCGAAAUCCGAGAUAUUGAGAGUGGGAAGAUGGAUGUGAACGUGAAUCCGUUGAAAAUGGCACCACACACGCAAGAACAAGUUAUCAAUUCUAAUUGGAACAGGCCUUAUUCUCGAGAAGUAGCUGCAUUCCCUCAGACAUCCACGAAGGUACCGAAAAUCUGGCCAAGUGUCGGCAGAAUUGACGAUAUCUAUGGCGACAAAAAUCUGUUCUGCACGUGUCCACCGAUCCUCCCACAGCAGCAAUGAGACAUUCUCAUUCAUCAUAAAUGUAUUUUAUAUUUAUUUUUAUAAAUCAUCAUAUAUAUCGUCAUUAAAUAUAUAAUUUACCAUU